UUCCCGAUUCAUGGAAAAGUUAACUAUAAUUAGUUGUGGUUUCGUAUCGAUAAUUGUUAAAAAAACAGUUCGUGUGUGCACGUACAAAGCUCGUACCUCUGCGUCGUGCUCGAAACGUCUUGUUUUCCCGUCUCUUUCUGUUCGUGUUUCCGUUUCGUUCGACUUGUGUUCGGGAAUAAACAAUAAACUAAAAAUAUAAUAUGUAAUGAGGCAGACUUCAGUGCUGUGACUAGUAUGUUAAUUGUUUUAACUUUUCUGUUGUGUUUAUUAAUAUAUAUAAGUUCUAUGAGCUCUGCGGACAAGAAACAUCCCCAAGACGAAGCUUCAAGGAAUGACCAAGAGGCCUCGUCUAGUGACAUACUAAAUAAAAUGAAGAGGGCAGCUGCAAAGAAGCUCAUUGAGCGUUAUUUUUAUCAGCUGACUGAUGGUUGUGGCAACCCCCAGUGCCAAAAUAAAUUUUGUGCAUCUAGUGGGGAGGUGAACAACAUCACACCAAAUCAAGCUGCUGCUAAGGCUAUAGAGUUAUUUUCCAAAGAGGCUCAACUGUGUGAAAGACACCCUACUAAAAUGGCUCGCACCCAGGAGGAUUCUGUUAUUUCCAUUCUACCAGAAACAAACAAUGAGGAAUCAAACUCUUCAGUGGACACUACACAACUGGCUGUACCUUGCAAUGAGAUGGCACUUACAUCUAGUAGUGAAUCAACAAGCAAAGCAAAUAGUACAGUUACUAGUUUUACAGACGAUGAAACAGUACCCUAUUUAACAGAAGAAAAACUUCUUGAGAUUAUUGAUGAAUGCGAAACAUGUAAACAGUAUUCAAAGUUGAUUAGAACUUUGGGACAGGUUUUUAGCAACAUUAGUUCACUCACUCGGAGCUUUAGACAGACACCAAGUACACCUAUUGAUGCAAUGCUGGAUAUCGCAACAGGUGAUUUUAUGACUUUGAAAAAGGAGGACGUUAGAUCUCUAGAAGGCGAGAAGGACAAAGAUGAAGAUAGUUGUGUGGAUGCUACGAGCUGCGAAGGGGUCCGAAAGCGCAUGGAGCUGGACUACCCCUCGUUGAGGAGGUCAUAUGCUGCGCUUUUUAAUUUGCCAAACAACAUAUUCGAGAGUGCGAUGGUGAAUGCACUCGUCUCGUUAGCUGGAUACCUGCAGAUGGAGCUGCAGACUCGAAACCCGAAGACGUGCAGCGAAGAUGACAUCGUCGAUGUUCUGAUCAUGGCAUUCGAGAUACCGGCAUUGGGGUCUGGCGAUUUCCUGGAGACAGCUUUUCCAGCCCUUUGCAGAGCCACCAAGUGGCUAACAGUUGAUAUACAAGCAAAAUUAGCGUAUGCUUGGGCAGGUCCUGGAUGUUCAAGUCUUCGCAGUUUCCUUGAGAAUCUGCACCAGCUUGUAACACUCCGAGUGAUACUCUCGCAGUUUCAUCCAGAUUUUUUCGUGCAAGACGAGAACGUCGUGACGGCGGCUACGAGUAUCAUGAGGGUUCUCUAUUACUCCAAUAUAUUGGCCGGGGCACUGGAGUCCCCGGAACUCAAUCAGGACGACGAAACAGAUCUUUCCAAUUUGGGAAGAAAAUUGCACCAGAAGGUGCUGCCAGUUGAUGAGCUUGCUGCGCAGUUAGGUAUCAAUGUCCUGGACUGCCGUAAGCCUUUCUUACCGUUCAGCGAAUUCUAUAAUGAGCCAUUGAGUGAUGUCGUUGAAAUGGACAAGGAUUUUGCUAACUACAAGGGGGAUAUACAUAAAUUUAGUUUUAUGCGGUAUCCAUUCAUACUGACACCGGCGACGAAGACACUCGGACUGUAUUAUGAUAAUAGGAUAAGGAUGUUUUCGGAACGACGAAACAGUUUCCUGCAGAACGUAUCGCUUGGUACGAACACGAGUCCUUAUUUAAGGUUGCGAGUAAGACGCGAGCACAUCAUUGACGACGCUCUGGUAGCGCUCGAGAUGGUCGCACUGGAGAAUCCUAUCGAUUUGAAGAAGCAACUAGUCGUGGAAUUUGAGGGCGAACAAGGAAUAGAUGAAGGCGGUGUCUCUAAAGAAUUUUUCCAGCUUGUCGUGGAAGAGAUCUUCAAUCCUGAUUACGCUAUGUUUACUUUUCAAAACGACUCGCAAACGACUUGGUUCAACCCAACCAGCUUUGAGACUGAGAGUCAAUUCACCCUGAUUGGAGUAGUCUUGGGCUUGGCAAUUUAUAAUAAUGUAAUUUUAUCAGUUAAUUUCCCAAUGGUUCUCUAUAGGAAACUUAUGGGCAAGAAAGGAUCUUUCGAAGACUUAGCUGAAUGGAAUCCUACUUUGUACAACAGUUUAAAGCAGUUAUUGGAAUAUACAGAGGAUGACAUCGAGGAUGUAUUCAUGCAGACUUUCCGUGUAAGUUAUCAGGAUGUGUUCGGUACUUUGCUGCAUCACGAUCUGAUGGAGAACGGCGACCAGACUGCGGUCAAUCAGAAUAAUAAGCGCGAGUUCGUAAAGUUGUACGCAGACUUUUUGCUUAAUAAAUCAGUGGAAAAGCAAUUCAAGGCAUUCUACAAAGGUUUCCAAAUGGUGGUCGAUGAAUCCCCAUUGGAGAUGUUGUUCCGUCCAGAAGAAGUGGAGUUACUUAUUUGCGGAAGCAAGAACUUUGAUUUUAUUGAGUUGGAGAAUGCCACGGAAUACGACGGCGGUUACACGAACAGUACACUGAUCGUUCGGCAUUUUUGGAGUGUUGUUCAUGCCUUCUCCUCCGAGGAGCAGAGGAAACUUUUGCAGUUCACGACGGGAUCGGAUCGAGUUCCUAUUGGAGGUCUGAGCAAACUGAAGAUGGUGAUCGCCAGAAAUGGGCCGGACUCGGAUCGCUUGCCCACCGCGCAUACAUGCUUCAAUGUACUUUUGCUGCCUGAAUAUCUCACCAAAGAGAAGUUGAAGGAUAGGCUCAUCAAGGCGAUAAACUAUUCUAAGGGCUUCGGAAUGCUCUAAGAGUAGACGCCUGCAAGCGCUGCUCUAUUCAUUUUUUUUUUAAAUUUUCACUGCUCUCCGUCAAUUUCGUUUUGUAAAUAUUAUCUAUCAUAAUGAUCAUGCAGCAAUGAUUCAUUUAGGGCAGAAACUGGAGAGAGCAGAAAUCGUUAAUUUUAUUCAUGGUACGUAUAUAUAUUGUGUAUAUAUAUGUAUACGUGCUGCGUACAUAUUUAUUUGUUCAAUGUUUCCUUUUUUAACCAACAAAAUGUCGCACCAUCAUGGUGCGGCUUUGGAGAAAUGUUCAAAUUUUUGUACUCUUUGUCAUUGAUUUCACUAUUAUUUUGUUUUAACAUAUUGUGAUUUGUAGAAAGGGAAGAUGAAAAGAAAAAUAACUAAUACUAAUAUAGAUUUGUCUCAAAUGCGAUUUUUUGAACAAAUAAAGCGAGAUAUUUAUGGCUUA